AUGGGCAAUUUAAGGAUCUCAGAAUGGAGGAAGCUUCCAGUGAGUUUGGCAGAGCUUUGUAUAGAUACUACAUUACGUUGUGGACAAUCUUUUCGGUGGAAGAAAGCUGUAGGUGAAGAUCAUUGGUUUUGUACACUACAUGGCCGUAUAAUAUCUCUUAAACAGGACUCAACUCAUCUUCACUAUCGCACAAUAUUUCCUGAGAUCAAAGUUGCUUUGAAUCAUCAGCCUUUAGUAAAGAAGGAAAAGCUUGAAGAUGAGGAUGACACAGAAUCUUUACUUCGGCAUUACUUGAACCUUUCACCAAACUUGACUGAAUUGUAUGAACAAUGGUCUUUAGUCGAUCCAAAUUUCAAGAAAAGAGCACCUAAGUUUACAGGAGUUCGUAUUCUCAAACAAGAUGCUUGGGAGGCUUUGGUAGGUUUUAUUUGCAGCAGCAACAAUAAUAUUAUAAGAAUUUCUCAAAUGGUCAAUAAUUUGUGUUUACAUUAUGGCCCCCUAAUAGGACAUAUUGAUGAUCAGCCAUUCCAUGACUUCCCACAACCUGAAGCCUUAAUUGGUCCUGGAGUAGAGUCACAUCUCCGCGUUCUAGGCUUUGGGUAUCGAGCAAAGUACAUUGCCCAAACAGCAUCAAUUGUGGCAUCGAAGCCAAAAGGCUGGCUCGAAAGUCUUCGCAAUCCAGAGACUUUUGACGUACCCUUUGAAGGGAAACUUCCCGCAGGAGGACGUCCUGGGUAUAGAAAAGCACAUGAAGAGCUUCUCGAGCUUCAAGGUGUGGGUCCAAAAGUAGCUGAUUGCGUUUGCUUGAUGGGCUUGGGGUGGGGAGAGGCGGUCCCUGUGGACACUCACGUUUGGCAAAUUGCUCAAAGGGACUACAAAUUUGGAAAAGGAAAACAUAAGAGUCUUACCAAAGCUACAUACGAUGCGAUUGGUGAUCAUUUUAGAGGGUUGUGGGGUAAAGAGGCUGGCUGGGCGCACUCAGUCUUGUUCGCGGCGGAUUUGAAAGCAUUUUCUGAUAAACUUGUCAGCAAGGUCGAAGUUAAAGUUGAUGAGCUUGAGAUCAAGCAGGAGAAUGGGGAUGUGCUGGAGAAGAAAGUGACAGUCAAGCGAGAGUAUCCACCAGAAGAGAUGGAUUUGAAAGAGGAAGAGAAAGUAGUGAUCAAGCGCGAAGGAGUUACGGAGGAACUCGAAAUCAAGGAUGAAGUAAAAGUUUUUGAGCCAUCGGCAAGAAGUGUCAGAGCGAAGAGGAGGAAAUUCAUUGAGCAGCAGCAGCAACCUCCCCACUUCCACAUCAUUUCCAGACUGGUACUGCCCGCCGACACUAUGGGAUGGCUAGAUUUUUCUUCAAAAUCCAAGAAGGAAGAAAAAAAUGACACUCGGUCCUCCUUCUCAUGGGGCGACAAUCUCAAUGCCACGGACUGGCAGCAUUACACGGAUCCGCGAACCUUGAUACCGACCAUUUUGUUGACCACCACCAUUUUAGUUUCCACGCGCUUCUAUCGCUCUUAUUUACGUCGCAUUCCUGAAGCUGCAUAUAUUCGACCCGGAUUCUUCAGGAAGAGGAGUUUAUUUGGAACGGUCACGAGAGUGGGCGAUGCGGAUAAUUUUCACCUUUUUCACACGCCUGGUGGGAGGCUGGCGGGCUGGGGAUGGAUGCCCGGCCGCAAGCAGUUACCCGAGGGAAAGGAUUUGAAGAACAAGACGAUCCACGUUCGAAUCGCCGGCAUCGACGCACCCGAAGGAGCGCAUUUUGGGAAACCGGCGCAACCUUUUUCCGCCGAAGCGCUGAUCUGGCUGCGGAAAUAUAUUCAGAAUCGACGCGUGCGCGCGUACAUUUACAAACGCGACCAGUAUGAUCGGGUGGUGGCUACAGUGUGGGUGCGGCGAUUUCUCGUGCGCAAGGAUGUGGGAAGGGAGAUGUUGCGGGCGGGCAUGGCUACGGUGUAUGAGGCGAAGAUGGGAGCGGAAUUCGGAGACUUCGAGGCACAGUAUCGCGCGAUUGAAGAAGAGGCCAAGAGGAAGAAACUGGGUAUGUGGUCGGGGAAGAAAAAGGAUUACGAAAGCCCAAGAGAUUAUAAGACCCGCACGGCGGAUGCAGCAAAUAUGAUGAAAUGA